GGCAGCAUCUUUGAACAGUAUGUUUAUAGUCGAUAUUCUCAUUGAGUAGCAUUCUUCUCAGUGGAAUGUGCGUGGCGAUUAUAUCGAGCAAAAGCUCGAUGGGAGAGAAUAUCAAGGUGAAACCGAUUAGGUACAGCCAGUGGGAGGCGUUAUCCAGAUCUUUAGAAACAUCCCCACCGCAUUCUUGUCUAUGGAGGCGCUGAUACCCGAACAUGGGCGCAGGAUGAGGGGAGCCAAGUGAUUUGAGCUGGGCUUUCAGCCUCCUGAAAUCAUUCCGACCGAAGGCCCCGUAAUCAGUAGGAGUCUGCCGGCAGCACCAAAAGCUGUCAAAACGGUGACAUCGCAUCGCAGAUGAACCCUGAGGUGUGCUCCACCUGAUUCCAUUGAUUCAUUGAUUCCGUUCUUCACUCUCCACUCUCCAUUCUACUUCAUUACCUAUACCCUAUUAUUCACAAUAUUCAAAGGAGAGCCAUGUCAUUCCUCUACAGCGCUAUCAAGGACUACAUUUAUCCUAUUGAAGGUGCCUCAGUUGACCCUGCACCCAGCAAGGAUACCGACAAUUCCAACAAUGCUACGGACAGCAGUCAACACCAGUCCUCAGCUGCGCUUAACCCCUACAGCAUCAAGAACAACAACAACGACAGGAUCAUUGUACAGCCGCCUGGGACCCCAGCUCUCUCCGUCCCCUCAGUAUCCCUCAGCUCUCUUCAGCUCCCAACCAUCUCCACACAGGACUCGGACUCGGACUCCGAUCAUGACUCUAAGACCAAGGCAUCCUUGCCUGUCCUAACGGUCUCUGCCAAUUCUACACCAGCCAUGACUUUGUCCACCGCAGAAGCACCUGAUGAGGCAACACCCAGCUUUCCUGCCCUGAAUGGUCCCCAGCGCCUGGCAGCCUGUUCUACAGAUCCGAAGUCCAAGAGGAGAAUCAAGUUUGCGCUGGCACCUGGUCACUCGCCUCUGGACUGGGCCCGCUUGACCAACUCUGGAACAGACCUGAGGGGCGUUACAGCAAUUGGACGAUAUACGUUGACGGACAUCAAGGCUCAUAACAAGGCAGACGAUGCAUGGACGGUCCUCAAUGGAAAGGUCUACAACAUUACACCGUACCUCCCUUUCCAUCCAGGCGGAGAGAAGGAGAUUUUGAGAUGUGCGGGACGCGACGGCACUCGACUCUUCAAUCUGACGCACAAGUGGGUCAAUUACGAGUUCAUGCUCAAGGAAUGCCAGGUUGGUUUCUUGAUCUCGGAGGCAUCUUCAUCGUACCAACUCUCAGCCUGAUCAUGGCCCAGAUGUCCUACGAUAUAUCACAACCACUGGAGACAAAUAAAUGGUUCUGCUUGAGCACAGCCCUCGUAAUCUAUUCUCAUG